AUGGACGAGGACAAGGGCACAUCCAACCACAUCGACUACGCCGAUGAACAGGGGCUGGAAGAUGGCUACGAUGCCAAAACUACCGAACCGGCCUCGGAUCCGCACGAUCCCAAGAACUGGCCUCUGCUGACGAAAAUCACGACAUACAUGACCAUCUGUUGCUUCACCUUCCUGGCCAACGUUAACAGCAGCAACUUCACCGUCGCCACCAAAGCCAUCAUCGCCGAGUUCCACGUCUCCUCCACGGACGCAGGCCACCUCGUCUCGCUGAAUGUCUUCUUCUUCGGCCUGGGCAACCUCGCAUGGGUCCCUCUCAUGCGGGUCUUUGGCAAACGGCCCGUCUACCUGGCCGCCCUGCUCGGCCUCUCGAUGAUGAACGUCUGGUCCGCGAACGCCACGGGAUACUCGGAGUUGCUGGGCGCUCGGAUCAUGUCCGGGCUCGCUGCCGCCGCCGCCGACGCGACUGUCCCCGCGGUGGUGGGCGAUAUGGUUCGUCCGGAGGGUCGAGGUCAUUGGUUGAUGAUCUUCCAUCUGGCGCUGACGUCGGGGUUGUUCGUGGGGCCGUUGAUCAACGCCUACAUCGUGCAGGACGCGGGCUGGCGCUGGAUGUGUUGGUUCCUGGCCAUUGCUUCCGGUGUGGUUUGGGCGGUGGGUAUUUUCACCAUCCGCGAGACUACCUAUGUGCCUGCUCGACAUGAGGCUUCCCAAGACAAGACCCCCUCAGUCUGGAGCAUGCUCUCGUUGAAGCAGGGCUACAACCCCGAUGCCUCGUUCCUGCGCACGGUCAAAGCCAUCUUAUCCGCCGCAGCCUAUCCCCAGCUCCUCUGGUGUGCCUUUACCAUUGGUGUCUCAGUCGGAUGGAACAUCGUCGUGCAACUCACCGCCUCUCGCACCUUCACCUCCGCCCCCUACAACUGGCCCGCCGGCGACAUCGGCCUCCUCUCGCUGGCCGGGUUCAUCGGGUCCCUCCUCGCCUUCUACGUCGGCGGCCGUCUCAUCGACCAGAUCUCAACGCGGUACACCCAACGUCGCGGCGGCGACCGACAACCAGAGUACCGUCUUCCGGCCUUGGUGGUGCCCGGGGUGAUCGGACCGGGGGGCAUUCUGAUAUUCGGACUGUGCAUCGCGCACCAGACGCACUGGAUGGGCGUGGCGGUGGGAUACGCGAUGCAGGCGUUCGGGGUGGCGGCCAUCUCGAAUGUCGCGGUGACAUAUGCGUUGGAUUGUUAUCAGCGGAUCGCCGGCGAAGCCUUGGUGAUCAUCUUCGUCAUCCGCAACACGAUCGGCAUGCUGCUUUCGCUGUACGCGAGCGACUGGAUCGCGCGCCAGGGCGUGGCGGUCGUGUUCGGCGAGAUGACGGCGAUCCAGGCCGCUAGUUUGCUCUUGGCGGUGCCCUUGUUUUUCGGGGGGCAGAGGUUGCGCGCGUGGACGGGGCGGUAUGGACCUAAUCGGGGGGGUUGAGG